AUGUUGGGCCUCUGGAAGCUCGGUAGCAGCGUCUUCAUGCGUAACAAGCUGUACGAUGAGUUGUCAGUCGCAGGCGCGCCCUUUCUUGCACGUAUAAGCGCGGGGUCUCAUCGCAGCGCCCAGAUGUUGCUGUUCAUCAAUCGCACUGUCCGCUCCAUCCUUCUUCAAGCUUCAACCAAAUGCCAAAUGGACCCUGCAAGUGCAAGCGGCCUUGCGGUAGGCGUGGUCUCGCUCGCCUUUGACGUUUUUGAUCGGUCGGUCAAGCUAUUCAGGUUUGUCUCGUUUAUGGUCGAUAUGCCCGAACGUUGUCGUCUGCAGCUAAUGAUCGAGUACAAUCGUCUACUCGCAUGGGGUGACGCUGUUGGCCUAGUGGAUUCUCCAGAUAGUGCGCAUGUUGCAUCGUGCCUUGGCACCAACGCGAUUGAGCUCUCCAGUAUCAUCGCGCAUAUUGGCUGGCUUCUCGAACAGUUCAACGAUAUCAACAGCCGCUGGGAGGGCGAGGUACUGCGAUCACAGGCUCACCGACUACUGUCCACAGAAGACCAAGCUGGACGGAUAGAUUUCAGCCAGCAAGUCUCGAGCUCAGCCGCACAAUAUGAGUCAAACCGAGCAAAGCAUUCGUAUUUGAAGCGUGUCGACCGCGUGGUCUGA